UUGAUCAUCGUAUCUCUGCGGUGGCGUCACCGGUGGCUGCCGGACGGUGAUCUUCCCUCUAAAUCUCCUUUAAUCUAUUGCAAAUUAAGAUGGCGUACCGUAGAAGGCAGGGAAUUUCUAGGGCUUCGACCUUCAAGGAAGAUACGAUUCACCGUUCUCCCAACGACGACGACACGACCACCUCCUCCUCCGCUGCUCCGUCCUCAUCACUUGCUGCUCAGGCGAUCAGAGCAUCCGCCGCUCAUCGGGACUCUUCUAUCUCCUCCGCUUACCCCAACUCUGCUUUCCACUCCUCUUUUAAAGACGGAUCCAAGGGUUCUGCUACCUAUGAUUAUACAUCUAUGGGAAGUACAAAUGAACCAGGAGGCUUUUGGGGUGUUUUAGCAAGGAAGGCUAAAGCGAUUCUUGAUGAUGAUGAUGAUGUUCCUCGACAUUUUGAUAGUCCUAGCAGUGUGAAGCCAGAAGCAGUCUCAACAAGCAACCAGGUUCAGCAUCAAUAUGAAUCUUUCGAGAACUCCAGAAAAAUGGAUAAUCCAACAUUAAGGAAGGGUUUGGAUAGAUUCACGUCUUCACUUAAUCAAAUUGGUGACACGAUUGGAAAUGCCUUGGAGGAAGGGCGUACCAUUGUGGACAAGAAAACUCAUGAUAUCAUCCAGGAAACUCGCAAACUGCAGAACAGGAGAAGAGGAACGAAUGAUGAACAUAAUCAGGUCUCUGGCAUCCAGAGUCAAUCUCAGGAACCUAGAAUGCAAUCUACACAACAACAGACCAACCAAGAAAAUCAAAUCAAGGCAUCUCGCGACGUGGCAAUUGCAACAGCUGCCAAGGCCAAACUACUCCUUCGGGAGCUGAAAACGCUCAAAGCAGAUUUGGCUUUUGCAAAACAACGAAGUUCUCAGCUAGAAGAAGAAAAUAAAAUGCUCCGAGAGGCUCUUGAGAAGGGAGAUAAUCCUGCAGACGAUGACAUGAUACGUCUUCAACUCGAGUCACUUUUGGCAGAGAAGGCUCGUUUGGCUAACGAGAAUUCCGUAUAUGCACGUGAAAACCGGUUCUUGAGGGAAAUCGUUGAAUACCACCAACUAACAAUGCAGGAUGUGGUGUAUUUGGAUGAUGGCAUUGAAGAGGUUACAGAAGUGCAUCGGGGAGUCUCUAGGAUGCUAUCAAUGUCACCACCGUUACCUUCAUCCCCACGUGCUCCUCUGAAGAGAACGAUCUCUGAACCCCCGUGAUUCGUAAUAUGUCCGUAUGGUUAGUUAGUUGUGGGCGAUUGUUUUGUUAUGUUCUGUUCUAUUUGUGAUCUAUUCUUGUUUGUUUGGAUGGAAGGCGAUUGUUUAUUCUUGUGUCGUUCGUUCUGUAAGUAGGGUCUGAUCUGAUUGGUGAGAUGUAUUAGUGAAUAACAGAAAGUUUGUUAUGGACCAUAUCCCAUGAUUCUUGUCUAAAUAAUUUGGUAUGCAAAUGAACAAUUAAUUCGU